GUCGCCAUGCCUCGGACGUGUGUGUUGUCGUCGCCGUGGUCGUGGUCGCGGUCGUUGUUGUUGUUGUUGUUAUUGUCGUCGUGCGCCGGCUGCGCGCGUGCCGCCGUAGCCGCCGCGGCCACCGCAGCGUCGCCGCAGCCGUCGUUCCGGUCGGCCAACCUGACGGCGGCCGGUCUGCUGGCCGCCACCAAGUAUGGCAAAACCGUGUUGGCCGGCGACGAGAUUACCGUGGCCGCCCAGGAGUACGCCGACUGCUUGGUGUUCCGCGUGCAGGCCCGGACCCGCGGUUACGUGGCUCUGGGGUUCGUGGAUCCGACCGCCCCGUCGGUGGACGUGCUGCUGGCGUGGGUCGACGACGACACCGGAACCGGACACGUAAUGGAUAUGCAUGGCAAAACUGAAACAGGUCUAACACCGGAAAAGGAUGUCAGCCAGGACUACGAACUACUGGCUUCCUUCCAAAAUGGCUCUCAUAUAUCCGUCGUCUUCCGAAGGGCUUGGGACACCUGUGACGCACACGACGAUGUGGUGUUUGGGAACGACACGAUGCGUAUGUUUUGGACAAUGAGUGAUCGAGAUCCGAUCGAUAGACAAUACACUGAUGCAUUGAAAUUGGGUAGCUCAUGGAAGGGCACUCAAAGUUUCCAUCCAAGAGGCCCAAAAUUCAAACCAAACACGGAUGACUACAAAAAAUGGGACAUCACCAUGGAUAACUUACGUAUUAAAGACGACGUUGACACUUUGUACUGGUGCAAAAUUUUCAAAGCUCCGAUCUUUAAGAAAAAUCAUAUUGUUGGGUUUGUGCCUUUGCUGAACGACGACACACGACGUCUUGUCCACCAUAUGAUCGUUUAUGAGUGCUACGGUGGUUCGAACAUAAUGGAAAAGUAUGUGACGUUAAAAGGCGCCCAGUGUUACGGCCAGGGUAUGCCAGAAGACUGGAACAAGUGCGUAUCGCCGGUGGUCACAUGGGCAAUGGGCUCAGACGGACAGUUUUUGCCGGAUCACAUUGGCGUGCCGAUUGGUGGUCGUGAAAUGUACUACAUGUUGGAAGUGCACUACGAUAAUCCCACGCUGAAAAAAGUAAUGGACAACUCGGGCGUUAGGGUGUACUACACCGAAGAUUUGCGCCCCAACGACGCGGGCAUUAUGGCCGUAGGCAUGGCAGUGUCGCCGAUGCACAUCGUACCACCUAAGCAAUUUGCUUACAAGACAGCUAGUCUUUGUGACAAAGACUGCACAAACGUCAUAUUCCCGGAAAGAGGCAUAAAAAUCACGUCCGUCCUAUUACACGCCCACCUGGCUUCCAGGCAGCUCAAACUCCGGCACGUUCGGCACGACCAGGAAAUGGCUACCAUCGCACAGGACGAUCGUUACGACUACGAUUACCAACAGGCGAGAGAACUGUCUAAUGAAGUGACUGUGUAUCCCGGUGAUGAACUAAUCACAGAGUGCGUCUAUAAUACAGUCGAUCGUCCGCAGUUAACGCACGGUGGUUAUUCGACCAAACAAGAGAUGUGCAUAGCAUUUGUCACUUACUACCCGCGUACGCCACUGGCGAGCUGUUUUAGUAUGACGCCGGUACCGUUCUUUUUCGAAACAUUCGGCGUUCAACAGUUCUUGGACUACAACAUGGAGGGUGUUGAGAAAAUCUUCUUAAAACUAGCUGACAGCACAACUAAAAAUCCACCUUCUCAGACUACGACAACCACGACAACGACGACACCAACAUUAAAUAAUGUGAAAAUGUUGAAUGAACUCAACCAGGAGCACAUUGCAUACCUGAUGAAACCACCAUCGUUCACAAUCGACGACAGCAAAGAACAAAAUUUGUUUAGAGAUUUAGAAAUCAUGGAACCCGUCGAAUUCCAGAACAAAACGUUCCAACAGCAUUUAGAUAACUUGCCAUGGGAAGACAGCUUGUUGACCAAAAAUAUCGAAAGACGAUUGAUCAAUGGCAAACACAUGACGUUCUGUCGACUGCACAACGACACGUUAGCCUUGAUGAUGAAUACGUACUUGUUUCCAAACUUCACGGCGUACACUGAGCCAAAGACCUCAAAUGUUGCAUGCAUACCGUUAUCGAAUAAAUUCAAAAACUCUGCCUUGGCAGUACAAAGUUCCUUCAUAUUUAUUUUAUUAAGUAUCGCACUGAUUUUUGUAUAUUAGGAACAAAAAUAAUAAUUAUUAUUAUAUACCUACCUAUAUCACGAACCUCUCAUACACGUUGUGGUCGUAGAUUUAAGUAAAUUUUACCAAAGUCACUUUUUUGUUUAUAUUUUAUAAUUUUUUUUUUUUAUACAUAAACGUAUCAUUUUGAAUUUUGUAAAUAAUAUAUUAGUAUUUAUUUAUCGCGUCAAUGAUUUCCACAAUUCCUAAUCCGUUCAAUUGACAAACUUAUGACUACAAUGCGUCGUACUAUUGUAAUAUAUUAUACAACGUUAAUAAUCCAACAAUUGACCCAUUUAAAAAUACAGAAUUCUCUGUCUCUUUCUUCUCUAUAGGUACAUACCAACAUAGUCCAUGCUACUUCUCCAGAAAAAUAACCAAAAUAGUUUGAAAUUAAAAAUAAAAUAAAUUAUAAGAGUUUGAAU